AUGCUGGUGCAACACCCUUCUGAUGUGUAUACAGCAGCUUCUGAGAAACCACCAACACGUACACAGCAUUCACAUACCAGCAAGCUUAUGGAAUGCUUUGGCAGACUGAUUGAGCCUCCAGUUUCUACACAUUCACGUAUAACAUUUAACAAGACCAUGACUUACCCUGCUGUAACAAUUUGCCGUACUGAAGGUUACAAGGAAGAUGUACUACUGAAAUAUAAAUUGGGCACUAAGAUACACUGGACUUCUGAAUGGCGAUAUUUUCCGUAUGAAAAUGCUUCUCUCCAGCAAUUUUGGGAUGAGGCAACAUAUACACAGGAUGAAGUGCUGGUACUUUAUGGCUUAUACCAUAAGGCAAAAAAUGUAGAGGUAACAAGCAAAACAUUUUUCAACUCAGGACGAUGCUACACACUGAAACCAUUGACUCAAGUAGAAACAGUUGGACGUGUAGUUGGAUAUUCUGUUACACUGAACUAUGGAACAUAUUCAUCUCGACAGAAUACUGGUUGGAGCAUAUACAUCCAUGAUCAAACAGAAACUUGGUCAGAAAACUCCCUUCAAAUAUCAGGUCAGCAAGAUUCAUUUCUUCUGGGUUUACAAGAGGAAUUACAUCUUAGAGUCGCUGCUCAGCAAUAUAAAGCUAUCGGUCAAGUAUCGGCCCCCUGUAAUGCUUCAUCAUUGUACAGUUAUUCAGCGUGUGAAGAAUUGUGUUGUCACAAGCAGCUUGCUGAAAAUGUGGGUUGUUCUGCCCCAUGGUUAUCUGGAGUUGACAUGCCACACUGUUCAAAUUACACUUCAAAUAAGAAAUUGAUGGAUGGUUACAUGAAUAAUCGCUGCAAUUUCUCCAUCUGUGGCUGUCCUCGUCGAUGUGUCACCACAAACUACAUGGCAUCUGUGAGAAACAGGAGAACUUUUCAUACUACUGUAGAAAAUCACAACAUGAGUCAAUUAUAUGUAUUUUUCACUUUAAAAACAGUAACUAUAGUUCAGGAACAUUUUGACUAUGAUUUCACAAUGUUUUUAGCAGAUGUUGGUGCCAUUCUAGGCUUUCUCCUUGGACUGUCAGUUCUUGGUCUAAUUGCAAUUCUAGAGCAUGUGUUAGGAGUGCUUAUUCAGUGUGUAAGUGUGGGCUGUGAUAAAGAAAGUAAGCAACAAACAUCUGCUAUGAAUAGAAUAAAUAACAAAAUAGUUUUAAGUAAAACUGUAAAUGAGCAUAUAACAUUAAGAAAAAUGUAGUGAAAAUAGUGCAGAAAUAAUUAUUUUGCAGACCAGAAUGAUGUACCAGUCAAAUGUUUUAAUAACCUGACCAUUAGGAACACUUGCGGUCAUUUUCAGUAGACAUUCAUAUUGCUUGUAUCUUGUUUGUGUAAGCAAAAGAAUAAUAGAAAGGUCAAAAUUUUCUCAAAAUGGUCUUCUAUUAUCAUUGAAUAAAUCAGGAAAUUAAAGGUACUGUGAACCUAAAACUUGGCUCACAAUAUGUGUAAAAGGUCGAGUCCCAAGAACAUCAACUUCAUUUAUAAUGAAGAUCCACUAGCAGAAGAAAACAUUUUUGAAAGAACUGGCAAAAUAUGGAGCAGUCAGAUGUCACGACAUGGCACAAGAACUUACACUUAUUAUAGGGAUAAAAAUGUUGAUGGACACUUUUAUAUGGACUACAUGAAAAAAACAUAUUAUUUUAUCAGUUAAAAGAAGUUUACUUAUAUAACAAACAAAAACUUCCCAAAAAUCUAAAAAAAGUCAAUUUGUGUAGAAGAAAUCAAAUAAAUGUGA